CUCCCUGCCUACCUUACAUCUUUUCUACUCUUAUUGGAUCCCUCUUCUUUAAAGAGAUCCCUGUCAAAUUUCUAGAGCAUCUCUUCCAUGACAAAGAGGAGUUAUAGUGUAAUUGCACUUCUCUUCCAUUUUCUAUCACUUCUACUUCUCAUGGCAGUCUUCAGUUUCCCACCGGAGCCGGCCAAGAAACAACUGUCCAAGCGGAAGAACAAACAGAGGCCGUCUUCGUCUUCAUGGGACCAAAUCAAGAACUUACUCACCUGCAAACAGAUCCAAGAUUCAAAAAUUCAUGAUCCUUCAAAGAAUAACAGUGCAACUCUGCUGGGCUCUUCCUGCAGCUCUAUCUGUCCAUCUGGAGAUGUUGUUCAUGGCAACACAAGGGUCUGUCACAGAUCGGAUAAUUCCCUGGGGCAAGAAACGAGGCUUUUGAGCAAGAAAAGUAGUAACUGGUCAUCGUCUUCUUCUUCUUCUUCAACGUCCAUUUCCAGUUCAGUUAGAUCAAGUAGUGGGGGUGGGGGUGGUUCGACAUAUACAGCAGGCUCCUCAAAAGGCAUGCAUUUCAGUAAGCUUUCUGGGUGUUAUGAGUGUCACGCGAUUGUUGAUCAUACCAGGUAUCCAUUUCCAAGAACAAUUAUAUGUGCUUGCUCUGAAUGUGGAGAGGUCUUUCCGAAAAUUGAUAGCUUGGAACAUCAUCAAGCCAUUAAUCACGCAGUUUCUGAGAUGGGUCAAGAUGAUUCAAGCCGCAACAUAGUGGAGAUUAUCUUCAAAUCAAGCUGGCUCAAGAAGGACAGCGCAAUUUGCAACAUUGAGCGAAUAUUAAAAGUCCACAAUACUCAACUCACAAUCCAACAAUUUGAGGAAUACAGAGAUGCAGUUAAGAUAUGUGCCACUAGCAAUGCCAAGAAAAACCCUCGGUGUGCUGCAGAUGGGAAUGAGUUGCUAAGGUUUCACUGUGCCACACUCGUGUGCUCACUCGGUGCAUGUGGCUCAACUAGCUUGUGCGGAUCCUUCCCAAGUUGCGGAGUAUGCACUAUCAUUAGACAUGGCUUCCAAGAAAACAAAGUGAGUGGGGUCCACACAACUGCCAGUAGUGGAAGAGCCCAUGAUUGCCUUGAUAACGGAGAUGUGCAAAGGGCAAUGCUUGUGUGUCGUGUCAUAGCUGGAAGAGUCAAGCAAGUGGCACAUAGUGCAACAUUUGAAGAAGAUGGAGUCGGCAUGUCGCACGCUCACUCUUAUGAUUCUUUAGCUGAAUGUGCUGGAAUUUUCUCGAAACUAGAGGAAUUGUAUGUGUUUAAUCCAAGGGCCAUUCUACCUUGCUUUGUGGUAAUCUACAAAGCACUUGAAUCUUAGGCAAAAGCGAUGCACACAUUUUUCAUUUUCUUUUCUUUUCUUUUCCUUUUUUUUUUCUUUUUUUUUUGGAGUUUAGUUUUUAAACUAAAGUGGCUUGAGGAAUCAAAUCAUGUAACUAAUUCAGUUGGCUAAACUUAAAGCUUGAACUAGUGUAGUCUUGUAUAUACCCCAUUGACACGACUCAUCCCGAAUCACCC